CGGCAUUGUUUUAAAUACUUUGCAGCGAUCGAAGAGGUAUUAAGUUAGUAAAACAAAAUAUGAAUUCAUGAUUUUUACUGUUUGGAAAUCAAAAUGAUUUAAAGUAAAAUGUAAUUAAGCCGUGAUGUCAUCUCCCCGGCAUCAGUGUGAAAUGAGGGUCCCCGAGGCUCUAGUCGAGAAAAUGGAAAGCCUUCCAGGAGGAAUUCGACCAAUUCUCUCCAAGAUAGAGAAGGAAUUCGGGCUAAAGACAACCAGUUCUUACAAUGGGAUCAAAGUAUAUAUCAUUGUUGGACCUAAUCCGGACAUACUGGAACUGGCUAUAGAGACACUUCAACGACGUUAUUUCGCCAUAGAAGAUAAAGGAUCCGAUAUUUCCGGUGAGAUUGACGCGGGACGCAGAGCGGUAUGGAAGUUUCAGGGAGAUUAUGCGUUUAAAGCGAGUCAGCUCUUCAGAGCAGACAUCGAGGAGAUAAAUAAGAUACGUUCGGUUCACGUCCACGUGUCUCCUCUCAAAAUCGAAUUCACGGCCAGUUACGACGACGUAGAACAGGUCAAAGCCAAAGUGGACCAGCUACAGGCGGAUAUAGACAGUCUGGUGGAAGCAGACAUCACUAUCGUAAGCUCACACGCGGAAAUCAUCCGAUUGAGAGAGUUCAUUCAAAGAAAAACGAAAUAUGAUAAGACUGUCGUUUGUAUAUUGAACGAACAGCAGGAGAAGCUUACGGUGUUUGCAAAAACCGAAGAUUGCCUCAGAAAAGUGAUGAAUGAAUGGGAAUCUACACGAAGAACUCAUUCUCCACAGCGAUCUUCUCCAAGUUUUUCUUAUGCUUCCAGUAUACCGCAUCCUCGUUUUAAGAGUGAAAUGAAGAUCCCAGGCGGCAUUGUUAAGAAACUGGAAAAACAACGGGAUGGAAUAAGCUAUAUUUUAGGAAGAAUUGAGAAAGAAUUUGGACUGAAGGUAGAUUAUGUACGGAAGAAGCAUCUCACGAUAUUUGGGCCUCAUCUUGAUAUCCUUGAGCUUGCAGCACAAACUUUAAUAUACCGCUAUGUUAUCAAAUCAUCCCCAGAAAAUGGCGUCUUAGGACAGUUACAAGGUCAGAACGCCGUAUGGAGGUUUCUCGGGACCUACGCGAAGAAAGUAGUCCAUCUUUUCGCAAAAGAUGUUCGACGGUUGAAACGAGUUCGAACAGUCACUAUAAAAGCGACGCCCUGUAAAGUUAACCCAACAUGUUUGGAGAUUUUAUGCAGCGCAAGAGUCGUAGAGAUAGUCAAAUCCCAGGUUGAGAAAUUAGUUGGACUGGUUCACAAUUUGUUUGAACAAGAGAUACAGAUACCAGAUGACAUCGCUGAAAUACAUAGGGCAAAACAUAUAAUACUGGAGAAAAAUGAAUCGAAGGAGGUGUUAUGUGUAUUUGAUGAUAAUACUAGGAAACUAACUGUUCUAGGUAAAAGUGAAAUUCUGGUAUUGCAGGUGGUAGCCGAGUUCAACCAAUGGCAUAGAAAACAUUUGAAAGAGGAAAUGAUGCCUGAAGAAUAUAGACACAUGUACCGUCAUCUGUAUCAGAUGAGAAUUGCAGACGACACGGUUCAUAAGCUGGAAAACCAACCUGGUGGUAUCAUGCCCAUGAUACAAAAGAUCGAGAAGGAAUAUGGUGUGAAGACGCUGUACCAUAGGAAAAAGCAAAUGAUUUUGAUAAGCCCGGCUCCAGAUGUCCUCGAACUCGUACACGAGACAUUAGAAUCUCGUUAUGUAACUGAUGACAACGAUGCGACUGCCGAAGAGGUCAAGGACAAUAAAGAAGAAAACAAAGAUCCCGUGGAAACGAGAAGUGAAAGCAAAGAUCCUGAGGGAAAAGGAAGUGAUACCGAACCAUCCGAACAAGACCUUGAAGUGCAUACCAUACCCAAUAGGCACUAUUCACCAGUCAAGUCACGAGGUCAUUCAAGGUUACCUCAAAGGUCGAUCCAGAAAAGUUCUUCAAGGUCGCCCAACAGAAAUAAGAAAUCGAAAAAGGUUGUGUUUGCUUGACUUUUGUAUGCGAUGGCAUAUACAGUUAUAUUAAUAAACUGUAAACGAAUGUAA